AUGAAUUUUUCCCUCAUUGCUUAUGGUACGAAUUUGGUACUUUUAUUUUUUGGAACUAUUUUUCAUAUAGUUUUUUUAACACUCAUUUGUAUCAAAAUUCGUCCAUUGGCAUCGAAUGUUUUAUUAAUUUUAAUAAGUAAUAGUUAUUUGGCAUUGAUUUUAUCAUCUGCUACUUUAUUUGAAGCAUCUUUAACUUCGUUUUUGGGUAAUCUAAAUUCUUGGACAUUGUUUGGAAUUUCUUUAUGUAGAACAAGAGCUUAUCUAAUAGUUGUUGGUCAAUCCGCUAUAUCAUAUUCAUUACUUCUUCAAGCCUUCUUUCGAUUGUUUAGAAUCAUUUUCUUUCAACGAAGAGCACUUCGAUCAUUUCGAGUUUUUUCUAUUCUUGUUAUUCUUCAAUGGCUCUUUGUUUUUCUUAUUAAUCUUCUGUAUAUUUAUUUAAAUAAGUUUGAAUAUAUACCUAGUGAAUAUCAAUGUGAAAUUCCCAUAAAUAAUUAUAGUGGUGCAGCAAUGAUGACAACGUUAACACAUAUCUUACCAAUAAAUACAAUAUUUUUUAUUUAUUUCUAUAUUAUGCGAUAUAUUCGUCGAACAACAAACACGAUACAAACUCGGCAAAACAUAAAUAAACGAGAUAUGAUUGUUUUCAAACGAAUUAUUAUUUUAUUAAUCGUUCUACAGGUAUUAUCUAUACCUCUUUUUGUAGUUUGGAUACUCCACGUCAUCACUGGUUAUACAACAUCAUGGAACUAUUAUUUCCUAGCACUUGUUUCAUCAAUUGGUCAAUUAGUUAUGUCUCUUAUUCUUGCUUCAACGACAUCACAAAUUCGAGAAAAAUUGAAAUGGAGACCCAGCCAAAUACAUCCGAACAUUGAAAUACGGGUUCAAUAUCGCAAUACACCAGAGUCUGAUCAUCACGAUCUACAGGAAAAAAUUUAA